AUGGCUGGCUUCUAUAACGAAGACCUUCUUUCACCUCACAUCAGUACUAUGAUUAGCCCGGUGACUGAUCACACAGGCUCUACAUCCCUACUCGACUUUGGGGCAUAUUGGGAAGACGAGGACUUUCUCGCGCAGGGAGAGCCCGAGCCGAGUGUUCGCUCGCAGACUCUGGUCUACCACCACGAGCGCAAGAAGUGGUGGAUUAAAGUGACACUAAUUGGCUCGAUUACUAGCAUAUCGAACGAGCGGAAGGUCUCGAAGCGCGAACGACGAAAAGAAUUCCAAGACUUCGCCAAAGUAAUAGACUACGGAUCGCUCACCCUCCUUGAUAAUACGGUAACUGAGGUGAUAUUAAGAGAAGAACCGGAGCCGGCGACUGUUAUCAGACUAGAAAUGACGGACAAGGUGGAACUCACAGAUGGGUUCUUCCAGGUCUACAGAGCCGGGGUUCCGUAUAUCCUCAAGAUAAUAUAUAGCCCUUUCUACCAGCCCCGCGACACGGACGUCAUGCGAAAUGAGCUAGAGAACCUUGAAUAUUUUCAGGGGAUAUCAAAUAUUGUGCAAGCGGCCGGGAUUGCCGUCGAUAUAAAUCCAUAUACGACCUCGACAACGGGGGAACAGGUGGUGGUCGGUGCCCUACUGCAGUUCUAUAGCGGCGGCUCACUACGGCAGGUACUAGAUGAUGGUCGUAUAAGCGAACACCAUUGGGAGCAAUGGGCUCUACGGAUCGGGACCAUAUUACGCCUUUUUCACGCGGCAGGCAGGACUCAUAUGGAUAUAAAAUGCUCGAAUAUAAUGCUUGAUGGAGGAGGUGAUGCAGUUCUCAUCGAUAUCAGCGGCAUUGGUGGAACAACCCACGAGUGGUGCGCCCCAGAGAUCCGAGACGAGAUAUCACCCUUCGACCUUCCAUUCGAAGCGCGGCGACUGAACGAUAUAUGGGCAUACGGGAAGCUCUUAUCAGAAAUUGCAUCUCAUGCUGGUAGCGGCCCCCAUGCAAUUGCUCUAAAACAAGUGGCGGGAUGUCUAAUGAGAGAGGACACGACGACACGCAUAGGUAUAUCGGAAGCAAUGUCGCGCCUGGAAGCCACCAUACCAAGAUGUACAAUAAGACCCAUACUCACAUGA